AUGGAGACAGGUCAGGACCGCGCCGAGCGCUUGAAUCAACGUCUUCGCGGCGCUGGCCGAGCCAACGUCGGAAGCGACGACUUCAAUCUCGACAUUGAGGGCAUCGGCGAGCCGUUUACGCAGCCCAGCUCCUCCCCCGCCUCCGCGGCUCGACCAAACGCCCAAGCAGCCCAGCACAGUCCCGAGAUCCCUUCCGCACCCCAGGAGCCAAACGAGCCCGUCACCUCGCCGAGUAUACACCAAGCGCUUAUACAAAGCCCGCCACGGCCCGCGCCGUACGAUGAGGAAAUCACCGAAAGCCCAGCGCACGCCCCCGGCAGCGGACACCGUCGCCGCCUGCCCGUGCAAGAAGUCUUGGCCGGCGCGGCGCGCAUGAGGAGUGCCCUCGAGCCGGACCCGAUCCAGCCCAUUUCGCUUCCGCCCCUCCGUCGGCCCCCUCGCCAGAGCCAGGCGCCCUCGCCCACGCGCAACACUCCCCCGACCCCAGCCGGCCCGUCUGGCGACGAUGAAUCCGACGAUCCGCAGCUGAUGCCCCCGCCGAGGGUGCCUCAACCGGCACCCCGACCACCUCCUGCGCCAAGCCCCGUCGCAGAGUCCCCCUCCCCCGAGGCGGAGGAGGCGGAAGAAAUCGGCGACGACAGGGCAGCCGCGACGAUUGGCCGCAAGAGACCCCGCGUGAGCUUCCAGCCGCCGCCGUCCCCCGAACUGGGCUCCGAGGAGGAUUCCGACACAGAACCCGCCGAGGAGCGCCCCGCGGCCAAACGGCCGCGCCCACAGCCGGCGGCGCGGCGCGAGCCGGCGGCGCAGCGACAGCCCAAGAGGCGCAACGCGGCCGAGGGCGGUGCGGGCAAGCGGCGCGGGCGUCCACCAAAGGAGUCGGCGCGGCAGCGCUCCCACGGCGGCAUCCGCGCAGGCAGCGCCGACGACAACGUCAUUGAGAUUACGGUGCAGCGCUUCGUCAACGGGCCCGACGGCGCCGAGAGCGACGACGAGGGCGGCCAGACCGAGGCGGCCCUGGCCAACCGCAACAGCGAGACCGUCGUCGACGUCUUUGCGCAGGUCUGCGACGAGGUCAUCUCUACGACUCUCGGCAAGUACGAGUACCUGCGCCAGGAGACGCAGGACGAGGACAAGAAAAAGGACUGCCGCAUCAAGAUGCGCGCCAUUGAAGCGUUUCGUGAAGAAGUCAGCGCCCAGCUUCUGCAGCAUUCUAUUUACUUGAAUCACUGGUACUCGCUACGGAAGCGAAUUCGCCAUGUGCAAAAGGAAAAGCUGGAGCUGCGACAGGAGAUUUUGCGUCUCAAGGCGGAAAAGGAACAGGUCGCGCUUCGCAUGGACGGCGUUCGGGCGCGGAGCGAAAAGGACGGCAGCGACUCCAAGCACCGUCUGAGUGCGUCCAACCUCAUGCACGAUAUUGACCUGGCUGUUGAGCAGGGCCGCGACGCCGCUGAUCUGUCCUCGCGAGCCCGCAAAGAAGCCGAGCUGGGCAACCUCGAGCUUAUCAUCUCCCAAGUCGCCCAGCAGGCGAGCAGCAACGGCCCUACCGGUGGCCUACUACACCAGAUCCAAGACUUCAAUGCCUUUCUGGAACGCGCCGCCACCGUACUCGAGUCAAGGUGA